AUUUUACCUUAUGGGUAGCUACAUGACUUAAGAAUUCUAAUUGUGUCUAAUAUGUUUGUUGAGAUUGUGUGUGACAUUUUACUUAUGUUAUGUGUGGUUUCCUUAUUUGGAAAGCGUAGUUUGUAACAAACAUUUAUAAUGGGCAUAUCUUAAAAUUAAACUAAUUGUAAUUUAUAAUACAUUAUUUAUCGUUUUUACAUAGUACAUACUAUAAAUAUAAUGGCGACACCCACUAAUGGAAAUGGUAAUCUUGUUGAUGAAUUUGAGGAAGCAUUUCAGCAAUGUUUAAGUAUACUAAUAACAAAAGACGAGGGGUUAGGAAACAAUGGGAUUGGGGUAACUGGUGGUUUGAUUGUGGAUAAAGAAGCUCGUAGUGAAGUUGAACAAGUUACACUAAGAUUUAUAGAUCUGCAAGACAGAUGAAGCUUUUCUUUCUGCAAAAACGAUUUUCUAUUGUCAGCACUGAAACCAGAAACUAGUAGUGAAAGAAGAUAUUCAGUGAUCUUUAGAGUAGAAUAGCACGUAAAGAAGAUCUUAUCAAAAGGACAUUACGAUAAAAUUACAGUAUGGCAGAAUUUAUUAGCUGAUUUGCAAGGUUGGCAAAAUCUCCUUGCUCAAGGUCCAGCACCUAAUGGUUUACCAAAUGGUACCCAGAGUGGACAAAAUCAACAAACCACAAAUGGAGGGGGGAAUCCAACAAUGCAACAACAACAGCAAAUAUUGCAGCAUCAACAGCAGCUCCAACAACAACAGCAGUUGCAACAUCAAAUGCAACACCAAAUGCAACAGCAACAACUUCAUCAGCAACAGGUGCAGCAAGGAUCGGGUGCUCCUCCUACAUCAGGCCUUCAAGGAGUUGGAGUAUCUGUUGGACAGCAAGGAAUGUUCAUGGCACAAGGUGUAACUGGUGCAAGAGCUGGAUUCCCCGUUGGAGGUGUUGGAAGCAGUGCUCUUCAGGGUCCGCUUGCUUUUUUGGAAAAGACCACGAGCAAUAUAGGAAUGCCUGAAAGGCGGAGUUGACGCGGAAGGGGGAGGGGCCGAGGUCGGGGUCGAGGAAAAGGCCGAGGAAGAGGACGAGGCGGAGGAGGAAGUUUACCUCCGCCACCACCACUUCUCGAUACUUCGGACCCGUCGUCGUAUGCUGCUGCUGCCGCAGUUGCAGCUGCUGCGGCAGCGCCCCUUCCCUCUCCACAGCAGCAGCCUCCACCGUCUUGUACAUGAAUAUUAUAUUUACUAAAAUUCGUUUCUUAUUCUACGACAUCAUUCUUAUGUCGAAAACAUAGCUAACAGAUAUCUAAAUAUUUCAUUAAUUUAACGUUAAAAUGAUUUUAUUGUAUAGGCUUAUUAAGACUGGUGCAAAACAUGCGUUACGUAUUUGAAAAAUCAAGAAUUAUUGAUUGAAAGUUAAUAAUUAAAGAACGCCAGGUUUUAUUUAAUUAUUUCAGUAUAAAUAAUGAAUAUAUAGCACUAAUUUUUUGUUCGCAGUUUAUGAACUGUAAUUUAUUGCAAGAAUUCAGAAAAUUGUGUAAACUCCUGUAAAAUGGAAUAAUCGGUAUGUUCUCUUUAACUAUUCAAGAAGGUGGCAGCGAAAACUGUACAUAACUGUGUGGUAAAACUACUAACAUAAACUUCACAUGUACAUAGAAUUAGAGGCACCGUUUUUUCAUACAAUAAAUCAUGUUGUAUUUUAUUAUAUUAAGUUCGAAUAGUUGUUAGCACUUUUACAAGUAACGUGUAACAUUUUACACAGUGUCGAUCGAAGCUGUAUUUCAGACACAACACAAAUAAAGUAUAAAUUGCCCAAUUAA